AUUUUUUGCAACAUGGUCACCAUAGUUCCCCUCUGAAUUGAUGUCCUUGGGUAAUCCUUUCCCACAUGGAUACUUGACUUGGUCAUGUGGCUUUCUUGGAAUGGCGGCAGACAUGGCAUCUGAAAAACAGUUGCACAUCAGGGCUUGUCCCCUUUGCUGAGCUUGGAGCCCUGAGCCCACCAUUUUAGCACACGUGAACUAGCUCCCUGGAGUGGGCACCUGGAAGAGAACUAAGGGACCCCAGCAAACAGCCUGACGACCAAGUGACUGAGGCCAUUCUCGAACCAUCCAGCCCAUCUAUCUACUGGCUGACUGGCGGCAAGAGAGAGAGCGAGCUCAGGAGAGACCAGCAGAGGAACUACCUGGUUGAACCCAGCCCAUGGACCCAGCCACAGAACUAAUUCAGCUUAGGGAGCGACCAUCACGGGAUGAUGCAAGCCCACGAGUUGUUCCGGUAUUUUCGAAUGCCAGAGCUGGCUGACUUCCGACAGUACGUUCGCACGCUGCCGACCAACACACUCAUGGGCUUUGGAGCUUUUGCCGCCCUCACCACCUUCUGGUACGCCACGAGGCCCAAAGCCCUGAAGCCACCAUGCGACCUCUCCAUGCAGUCUGUGGAAGUGCCGGGUAGCGAUGGCGCUCGGAGAUCCCCGCUGCUGGAUAGCGAUGAGCCCUUGGUGUAUUUCUACGAAGAUGUCAGAACUUUGUACGAAGGCUUCCAGAGAGGCAUCCAGAUUUCAAAUAAUGGCCCUUGUUUAGGCUCUCGGAAGCCAGACCAGCCCUACGAAUGGCUUUCAUACAAACAGGUUGCCGAGAUAGCCGAGUGUGUGGGCUCAGCGCUCCUCCAGAAGGGCUUCAAGCCUUCCUCGGAUCAGUUCAUUGGCAUCUUCGCUCAGAACAGACCUGAGUGGGUGAUGAUUGAACAAGGAUGCUUUGCUUACUCUAUGGUGGUCGUUCCCCUCUAUGAUACCCUUGGAACGGAAGCAAUCACCUACAUAGUCAACAAAGCUGAACUCUCUCUGGUUUUUGUUGACAAGCCAGAGAAGGCCAACCUCUUAUUAGACAGUGUAGAAAAUAAGUUAACACCAGGCAUUAAAACCAUCGUCCUCAUGGACUCCUAUGGCAUCGAUCUGUUGGAACGAGGCAAAAGAUGUGGCGUAGAAAUCAUCAGUAUGAAGGCGUUGGAGGACCUGGGAAGAGCCAACAGACAGAGGCCCAAGCCUCCGGCACCUGAAGACCUUGCAGUCAUUUGUUUCACCAGCGGAACGACAGGCAACCCCAAAGGAGCACUGAUCACUCAUGGAAAUAUAGUGAGCGAUUGUUCAGCUUUUGUGAAAGUCACAGAGAAUACAGUCAAUCCUUCCCCAGAUGAUACUUUGAUAUCUUUCUUGCCUCUCGCCCAUAUGUUUGAAAGAGUUGUAGAGAAAUCUCUUGACUUGAAUGCCAGUGACACACACAUUUCGUUUUUACCACUUGCACACAUGUAUGAGCAACUGAUGCAGUGUGUAAUGCUGUGUCAUGGAGCUAAAAUAGGAUUUUUCCAAGGAGAUAUCAGGCUGCUUAUGGACGACCUCAAGACACUUCAACCCACAAUCUUUCCUGUGGUCCCUAGACUGCUGAACCGGAUGUUUGACCGAAUUUUUGGGCAGGCAAACACCACGCUGAAACGGUGGCUGCUGGACUUCGCCUCCAAGAGGAAAGAAGCAGAGCUCCGCAGUGGCAUCAUUAGAAACAACAGCCUGUGGGACAGACUGAUCUUUCACAAGAUACAGUCGAGCCUGGGAGGAAAAGUCAGGCUGAUGAUCACAGGAGCUGCGCCAGUGUCUGCCACUGUGCUGACGUUUCUGAGAGCAGCGCUCGGCUGUCAGUUUUAUGAAGGCUACGGACAGACCGAGUGCACCGCCGGCUGCUGCCUGACUGUGCCUGGGGACUGGACAGCAGGCCAUGUUGGCGCCCCAAUGCCUUGCAACCUUAUAAAACUCGUGGACGUGGAAGAGAUGAACUACUUGGCUUCCAAGGGCGAAGGCGAGGUGUGUGUGAAAGGGCCAAAUGUAUUUAAAGGCUACCUGAAGGACCCAGCAAAAACAGCAGAAGUUCUGGACAAAGACGGCUGGUUACACACGGGGGACAUUGGAAAGUGGCUUCCGAACGGUACCUUGAAGAUCAUCGACAGGAAAAAGCACAUAUUCAAACUGGCACAGGGAGAAUACAUAGCACCUGAGAAGAUCGAGAACAUCUACGUGCGGAGUGAGCCUGUCGCUCAGGUGUUUGUCCACGGAGAAAGCUUGCAGGCAUUUCUCAUAGCAAUUGUGGUACCAGAUGUUGAGACAUUACGUCCCUGGGCCCGAAAGAAAGGAUUCGAAGGUUCCUUUGAAGAACUGUGCAGGAACAAGGAUGUCAAAAAAGCCAUCCUGGAGGACAUGGUGAGGCUUGGGAAGGAUUCUGGCCUGAAGCCAUUUGAACAGGUCAAAGGCAUUAGUCUUCACCCUGAACUAUUUUCCAUCGACAAUGGCCUCCUGACCCCAACAAUGAAGGCAAAACGGCCCGAACUUCGGAAUUAUUUUAGGUCACAGAUAGAUGAACUUUAUUCCACCAUCAAAGUUUAAUGCGAGGACGAAGCCGCCCACCUCCGCCGUCUCCUGGAGCUGCUGGCCUUCACGGCGGUCAUCUUGACUAGAGCGCGCAUAGGAAAGGGAGCGCCCAUGUUUGACUUGUGCAUUCGGGGUUCUCGUCAUAGGAACAUUAGAGGAAACGGAACACUGCCUUACAGUCACCUCCUGUUGCAGACCGUGUUUAUGGUGAUACACAAUUUCCUAAAUGAGCCUUAAAAUUGUCAAGGGGAAACUAUCCAUGGGCUAAGUUAUUUGAGACUUCCUCGGUAUUAAAAAAAAAAAAAAAAAAAAAAAAAGACGGGUGAAAACUUUUGUCUCCCUGUUUUUCUAACUAAGGGUUUAGGACUUUGCUAUUUCCAAGAUGUCUGCUACUUGCUGCAAAUCCUGCAGGUGUUCUGCUGCUCUGCAAAGUACAGUGCACUGGAGGGAAGCUGUCCCUUAAAAGCAAGGACUGUCCCAGCUGGAGGACGUCACAAGUGGACCAGAGAUUCUUUCUUAACCCCUGCCCCCUCCCCUUCCCCGCCUCCCACGCGCCCCGACCUGGUCUCAGAGCGGCCGUGCUUCUCCACGGUCCCGGUCCCUCUGAUCCCGGAGGAGCAGAAGGUUCCCGGCGAAGGAGAGAACAGAUCCCGCUCAGACCAGCACAGGCGCCGGGUCUCCGAUGAACGGCUGCUCACCUGAGCGAACGGCUUCCGGUGCCCACAAGAGCAGAAUGUUCUCAGACCCUCUUCUCCAGACCCGAUUCCCUCCUCUCUUACCGAUCGCUUCCCAGGGGUUAUUAAAAAAUCUGCCUCAGACUCUGCAGUGAAGACAAGCAUUUCAAGAAGGAAAUAAUUACCUGGAUCGACCAUGCUCAACUGUGACGCCUAGUGAACUGUCCCCCUUGAUCUCCGCCGAAACAGUCAUUCUUUGUGAUGGCCGACGGAUUUUUAAUGUGGUUUUCAUAUCAAAAGAUUGUGUUGUGAUUAAGUGGUUUUCCCCACCCCCGGAUCAAUUCUCAGGCAGGGCAUGUCUUUAAGCCUAUUAAGGGAGUAGGUACGCUUGGGCACUUACCGAAAUGGACAGUGAGAAUGAAGGCUCUUACAGUGCUACCUGAUUUUUAUGAAAUGUGUUCGACAAGCCAAAACUCUAGCGUGUAGAAAUCUGGAAAACUCAUCUUCUGGGAUUCACUUCUCAAGGGAUUUGUUUUGUUUUGUUUUGUUCAUUUAAAAGUUAAUUUGGAAGUUAGCUGCAUUUCACUUUGCUGCAAGUCUUUGCCACGUGUGACCGAAUGAGGUUUGUCCUGUACACACUGAAAGCAGCUGGUUUGGGGUUUGUGAGAGUCUGUGUCUUACCUGAGCACGACAGGGUUGGCACUGAAGGGUUGUCACCGUAGUAACACUAUUGGGUAGCCUAACUUCAUCCGUGUGUUCUUCAUUGCACAACAAGUCAAUAAUUUGUCACCUUGGGGUUUUGAAUGUUUGCUUUAAGUGUUGGCUAAUUUCUAUGUUUUAUAAACCAAAACAGAAUUUCCAAAAAACAAUGAAGGAAACCAAAAUAAAUAUUUCUGCAUUUCAAGGGA